AUGCUGGAGCGCCUCGCCGCGCAGGCGUUGGGCCCCAUCGAACUGCGGUACGUACGCAACCAGCAGGUAAUGUGCGGCGCGGCGCUAAGAGCCGAGGGGCACGUGCUGCACGCGCGCCAUGUACAUGCUGGAGCGCCUCGCCGCGCCGGCGUUGGGCCCCAUCGAACUGCGGUACGUACGCAACCAGCAGGUGAUGUGCGGCGCUGUGCUGCGGGCCGAGCGGCAUGCGCUGCAUGCGCGCGCCAUUUACAUGCUGGAACGCCUCACCGAGCACGCGCUGCGCCCUAUCGAGCUGCGGUAUGUACGCAACCAGCAGGUGAUAUGCGGCGCGGUGCUGCGGGCCAAGCGGCACGCGCCGUACGCGCACGCCAUGUAUAUGCUGGAGCUGAAAUAUAA